GACCAGUUCAAGCGGACGAGCAGCAAUGCAUCCACCGCCACUACGCGUACCGUCAGCAACACCUCCACAGCCAGCAACAGCGCCUCACACAGAGACACUCCCCACCCCAGCCACACCCACGACGAUACGAAGAAGCUCAGCAGCACGCUACCCAAGACAGGCGACAUGCGAAGUACCGACCAAAUCAACCCAGACAGAUCAGGAAGUAUGGGAAGCACGCAGAGCACCGCAUAUGCACACAGUCCCAGCACGGUGGAUGGGCGAAAGGACAAACGGGAUGGCGUGCCCAAGGACAAGCGCAUUAAGGCGACCGGCAGUGUGGGGAAGAAGGACAGCGGCACGGGCAGCAGCAUAAACCUGGUUAAGCGGGAUUUUAAACGCAAGCGAGACUUGGUCAAAGUGGACAGUGCCAAUGCACCCGCAACGAGCGGGAAAGGUGCAGUGGCGGCCAGACUGUCUCGCUUAUACAAUAGGCCCAAAUCCGUAUCGGAUCUGUCCCGAAAGUCCAAACCCCCAUCGGGUGGGGCGGGGGCCAUGGAUGGCUCGAGAGGCACGCCGAAAAACGCCACAGAUAAGGACAAGAAUGCCACAGAUAAGGGGAAGCCGGAAAAGCCUUGGGACGGGGGCAAGACGCUCACGCGCAGUGUGAGUGCCAAUGUGAUGCAGGGGAUGGCGGACGUGUUCUCGGAGAGUCUCUACAACACGGCCGGGGCCCAGACCACUGGAACUGGGGUCGGGCUAAAAAGGCAGCUGAGCAAGCAGGCAAAUAACAAGAGCAGCAGUGAUAUACACAGACUGUCGUCCCAGAGUGCCCUGGCCAACAGACACAGCCACGGCAGCAGCCAGUCGGGAAGCGACUGCCAUAGCAACAUCAAUGUGACCGCCGCCAGUCCUGUGGACAGCUGUGGGGUCAGCCCUGUUACGCUUAGGAACGGGCCGGAUUUAUCCCCGACUUUAUUACGGGCAGUUGCACAGACACAACCAACAGCACAGACAGCAACCAAUUCACAAAGGUCGAAGCACUCUCAUGGGCUUGCGCAUUUGAGGUUAAAAGACCACUCUGCUAGCACCACCUUAGAAGAAGCCGCAAAGUCGCUACAGAUGGAG